GACUAAUGGAAGGGCAGCAUCCUUAAUGAGCCACUGGCUCAUUGUUUUAUUUUCUUCACCCUCUGCUAUAACGCACUCAGUUCUGGGAUGGAGGGGUUUUGUUGCCCACUGUUGUGAUGCAGCAACCAUCUCAGGCACGCAUGUGUGUGUUUGGUGGGGUUAUUUACGCAGUGAAGCCGCGCCUAGUGCUGAUACGAGGAAGGAGGUAGACGUCAAAAAGGAGGGGUGAAUCUAGUGGUGGAUGGAAGUGUGUGCAGUGGGGGAGGAAAGGGCACCCUAAUAUUUUCUAGAUGUUUGGCAAUGUACGUGCAUAAAAAGGAAUUAGGCAAACAGCAAUAGAGCAGUUUGACAGGGACCAGGAUGAGGUAGAAGGACAAUCAGCAGAGAAGAGGGAUGCAGGAUAGAAGACAAGAAUACCUGAAGAUGGAAUGACUGGAAAAACCGACAGGUUAGGUGGAUCAUUAUGGGGUGGAGGAAAUGUAAGUCUGUUUGGGUAAAAAUAUAAUUUAUAAUCAGAGCAUAUUCGGGGGGGGGGGGAAUAAAAACAGAGCAGAGCCCUUGGCAGGAACAGAAGAGGGGGAGCAAAAAUAUAUAAAUACAUGCUAUGAUGGUGAGAGAUGAAUGGAGAUAGCUGUAAGGGCAGAUUAAUAGGGAUAAACGGGUGGUGAAGAAAGAUUUAGAAAAAGAAAACACAGCAACUGAGUUGAGUUAAACCCUUGAUGGGAGGGUGAAGGGGCAGAAAAUGAGGGUUGCACUGGUGAAAAUGACUGAGUCAAUGAGGCUUGAAAGCAGCCACCCACAAAAACAAGGAAACCAAGCUAUUUGAAUGACAGACCUGUGCAAUAGCUGAUCAAAAUACAGGAGCACUAAAUACAGAGCAAGGAGUUAAAAGGGCACCAGAGGAGUAGGACGGGCAGAAGAGAAUGGGAGAAUUAGGACAACCAGCAAAUACUUGUAGACAGCUCUAACUGUGCCUGAAGAUGCCCUGUAUCAUGGCUGAUUGGGGUCUCCAUGGCCUUCUCUCGCCACUCCUCCCUGACACUUCGUCAUGGCGCCCCCGACCAGAGCCUGCCAUCGCCGUACUGGGCUCCUUGGCCUUACUGUUUAUCUGGUACUGCUACCGGGUGGGGAGUGGGCAGGCGGCACCAAUAUCUCAUCAGCAAGGUGUGCCAACUGAAGAACGAUGUCCACGCCGUGCCCUCCGGGGCGAUGCUGCCAACCCGCGUCUAUAUCGUAGCCUGAGAGAUUAUGCCAAGCGGUAUUCAUGGUCAGGGAUGAACCGGCUGCACAAAGGGAUCCGAGACCAGGCCCAUUACCAGUUGGGGGAACGCUUGGCGAUUCAGAAGCCCAGCGCCUUCUACCUCCCUGACUUGCCCUCCGCUCCGUAUUUUCCACGUGAGUCCCAGCGCCACGAUGUGGAGAUUCUCGAACUCAGCUUCCCAGCCAUUUUGCGGGAAUUUGAGGGCAUCGCUUGGGAUUUUGCAUCUGGAGCAGCAACACCACGUGGAUGGACAGCUAAUGCCCACCCAGGCUGGCACAGCUAUUACCUCUACCGGCAGGGGGAGUGUAUAGUGCCGAACUGUCGCAGCUGCCCCUGGACGUACCGGGCCCUCAGUGCACUACGCACCUUUGUCAACGCCAACCGCUUUGGCAAUGCUUGCUUCAGCGUCUUGCAGCCUGGAACGGUGCUACCUGGGACCUAUGGGCCAACCAAUACCAGGGUGCGAUGCCACUUAGGGCUGAAGGUCCCUCCUGGUUGUGAGCUGGUGGUGGGUGGUGAGCCACAGUGCUGGUCAGAAGGAUACUGUCUCUUAGUGGACGACUCCUUCUUGCACACAACAGCCCACAAUGGUUCCUCCACUGAUGGACCACGGGUGAUUUUUAUCGUUGACCUUUGGCACCCCAACGUGGCAGGGCCUGAGCGACAGGCACUAGACUAUAUCUUUGCUCCUGGUUGGUAGGUGACUGCCACGAUCAGGUAUUAUAGUCAAGAAGAAACAAAAUCAAACCACCAUAUGGCCACUAAUGUUUGCUGUUCUUCACCAUCAUCCCAAGCCUCCCAUGUUAUUGCCUUGGUAUGGAUAGUCUUAUUUCCACCGUUACGUAAACUGAGUUGGAGAGACUUGCCACAGCCCUGCUAUCUAAGAGUGCCACAUCUCAUUCAAGAACCUGUACAGAGAUGUAUCAUGGAAGAAGCCACUGUGUGUAUCUUUUUCCCUUUAAGGUGAAUAUGUAAUCUAGUCUCAAACACAUGCUCAACAAAUGUUAAUGACACAGAAUACUUUGGUUCCUCUUCCUGCAUUGUUUAAGGAAUACAGUCAUUUGCAGUAUCUUGUGACCAGUUUUGUUCUCUAAUGGACUAAUCUUUUGGGGAUUGUUCAGGUGCAUGUUCUCCUGACUGUAUGCUGGUCUACAUGCUUCAGAAGCGUCUUAAAGACCAACAAACCAGAUUUUAAAUAUAGUGUUCCCUAAAACAACCUUCAGGAAUGUUGGAUUACAAGUGCCAUCACCCACACAGGGCACAGGGAAGCUGGUUUGAGAUUAUAGGUUUGUAGCUUAAGAGAGCAUGGUGUAGUGAUUUGAAUGUUGGACUAAGACUCCGGGGGAACAGAGUUCAAAUUACCACUCAGCUGUGGAAACCCACUGAGUGUCCCUAGCCAAAUCGCACUCUCUUAGCCUCAGAGGAAGGCAGUGACAUAAAGAAAUCUUACCAAAAAAGCCCAUGAUAGGUUUGCCUUAGAUUUGCCAUGUGUCAACAAUGGCUUGAAGACAGAUAACAAUAACAAUACUGAAGGCACUAGAAUGGGAAGCAUGGGAUUCCUUGGGUUUGUUUUUUGGAAAGGGAUGAGGGUGUGAGGAAGAGAAACCAGCCAAGUACUCUUAUUUCCACCUGUCUGUGAUCAUUUGUUAAUUCCCACACCACGUCUAUACUGCAACAUUUGUGUGAUGGGAUUAAUCCUAGAAGGAUCCCUGCCAACUAAAGCUGUACUGCAAUAAAAAC